CUUUUUUUUACUCCUACCAACAGCUGUUCAUUAGUGGAAGAUCUAUACUCAAGACGUUUUUCGGUGUGAUAUUUUGUGAAAAACUAAUUAAUAAAAAUGUUGAGGCAGAUAACUUCUCCACUUUUUAGGCGCACUUUGCUUGCGAAAGACGGUGGUAUUGUGAAAAGAAAUGCAGCUACAAAAGUCGCUUUAAGGAAUACCAUGGAUGAUCUUCCUAUUCCCAAUGGCUCUUGGGAAACACAAUAUAAAGCAAACCAAACAAAAUAUAACAUGCAUCUUGCAAUUGGUGUAAUUUUUACUGCAGUAACAUUAGUAACGGCUAGAGCAUCUGGUUUAUUCAACCUGUAUAUCUCCCCUCCUCCUUUACCUAAGGAUUAAAUAAUUGUUUUACUACUUCGGUGUGGUAAAUGAAUACUUUUGUAGUUAAUUGUUUGUAAAGCAUUGAAAUCGUUUUAUGUAAAAUAAAAAAUUAAGAAAUAAAAAUAAAUAUAAUUUGAAUAGUCU